AUGGCUCAGCAACCGGUCGUCCCUCGCCUCGAGGCUGCGCAGAUGGAGAUGGGCGGGGGCCGGGGAGAGAGAGAAGAAGCGCAAGGGAGAGAGCGCACCGGCUUCGUGGUCGAUAGCGCUGAGAAGGCCGCAAGGAACGUGCCGUUUCGCCGCCGUGAGCGCCAGUCAGGGGAUGCGACUGUUGCGAGGACGAGGGGUGUGGUCCGCCACCGACGGUCGUCAGGCUGCGACCUGUUCCUGGCGGGGCGCCAGCCAGUUGUCUUCCAUUCCGCCACAGAGAUGAUUGUUCGCGUCGAAGACUUGAAGGAAGGCACGGCGCGCAGUCCAAUCGCGGUACUAUGCCCGGGAUCGCAGCACGCGCAAGGUGUUCCUUCUGGACAGGAUCUGGAAAUGGAGCCGAGGAAGACCUGCAGUGCGCCAGAAUGCGCCCCGCCGCAACGAGGAUUUCCGAAUAUGGAAGUCGGGAAAUCGCAAGACGAAGGCUCUUGA